AUGUCGGCCCAAAUAAUUUGUGAGCCGCUUUUAGGCCAGACAACAAUCGUAUCUGGCCAAACAGCUAUAAUUACAGUUGUAUUGGUGUCCAAUCAGCCAGGUAUUCUUUUGGAAGCUGCAAUAUGGCACAACAGUUCAGAAUCCGGAAGCUGGUCUCAGACCGACCUCAAAAAUACAGGAGAACAAGUGCAGACACUAGGUCAAGACGUGGGAAAGGGCAAAGUAGGGAUGCUGUACAUAGGAUCUGUGAAUCGACCUUCGUCAAAAAGUCAUGUCGUCUAUUUCACCAUCAAAUACAGGACUGCGGGGCAGGAAUGGAGGUGGGCCCACGACCAGUCGGGCAGCGGAGAUGCUGAGCUCUUGUUCUCGCAAAAUGCAACAAUUCCUGACUCGAUAUCUCACUAUCUACACAAUUCGGAUCAGUCUUUGUCCGUGGAAACUUUCGACACUGCCUUCAGUGGGGGCCCUGGUUCCGAGGAACGCGCGUGGUCUAUCUCCUAUUCUGUUCCAGCCGCAACCGAACACUCGUCAUUUGUGAAUACCAACCUGGGCCUACCAGUGAGUACCGUACGGUGGUUCUGUCUUGCUCGAGAGUCUCGGCCUUGGUUAUGUCCCAGACAGGGUCGCGGCAACUUCUCUCCUGAAGAGGAUUCCAUUCUGGUGUCUUUCCUACGCCGAGACGGUCUCCAUUUUGUGCUCCUUGCCGUCAGUCUGGAUGAUAAUCUGACUGUCAUUAAGCCCGGUGGAGACGGAACCUUGAUUGCUGUUUCCCGAAACGAAGCCCCUCAUCCUGGAACGGCAUACAUUGUAGCUGCUACUGGUAGGACAUUUGAACGUGCAAACGAGGCAGCAUUUUUUCAAGCCAAAAGCAUAGUGGCAGCAAAAACCAAGGAUACAAGACUUGAAAUCGAAUCACUAGCGAGUACCAUUUCACCCAAGAGCCUUGAGGGGUGGUACGAUAGCUUUGCGUACUGUACAUGGAAUGGCCUUGGCCAGAGCCUCACCGAUGAGAAAAUCUACGAUGCUCUGGACAUUAUGUCCAAUGCUGGAAUUUUCUUUUCAACAAUAAUCAUAGAUGACAAUUGGCAGUCAAUCGAUCGACAUGGUCCCAAUAACUUUCAUCACCGUUGGAUGGAAUUUGAAGCAGACCGCAAGACUUUCCCUCGGGGCCUCAAGCAUACAGUAUCGACGAUUAGAGGACGGCAUCCAUCCGUUAAGCACAUUGCUGUUUGGCAUGGCAUCAUGGGAUAUUGGAAUGGGAUUGCGCCUGAUGGACACAUAGCAAAAUGCUACAAGACACAGACCAUGAAGAAACAAGAUAACGGCUUCUUUGGUGGAGGAUCGCUGGUUGCAAUUGAUGCAGGUGACGUUCAUAGGUUCUAUGAAGACUUCUACCAGUUUAUUGCCGAUUGUGGUAUUGAUUCCGUGAAGACAGACACACAAUUCAUCCUAGACCAAUUAGAGGAUGCACCGGAUCGAUCGCAUUGUAUCUCGACUUAUCAGGAUGCGUGGGCCAUGGCCGCCCUCCAUCACUUCUCUGCAAAAACUAUCUCUUGCAUGUCUCAAACACCACAAAUCCUCUUCCAUUCUCAACUUCUAGACUCUCUGCCGAAACUCAUGGUCCGGAAUUCAGAAGAUUUCUUUCCGAGUGAGCCUGAUAGUCAUCCAUGGCACAUAUUUUGUAAUGCGCACACGAAUGUCUUCACACAGCACUUGAACGUGCUUCCAGAUUGGGACAUGUUCCAGACCAGCCAUGAAUACUCGGCUUUCCAUGGGGCAGCUAGGUGUAUCAGUGGAGGCCCUAUCUAUCUCACUGACAAGCCUGGUGAACACGAUAUAAAUCUUAUCAAGCAAAUGACUGCACGCAGCAUGAAUGAGACAAUAAUCCUCAGACCGAAAGUCGCGAAGACUACUUAUGUUUACGCCAGCAACAAAGAAAAGAGACUCCUCCGAAUAGGGACCUCGACUAUAGACACAGGUGUACCAAUGUUGGGUAUUUUCAAUGUCAACGAUCAACCACUUGCUGAGAUCGUCACGCUCGAAGACUUCAUUGACGUUUCACUAGCCGAAACGUAUAUCAUUCGGGCUCAUAGUUCGAAUAAGAUCAGCACGCCAUUGAGUCUUGCCGGCUCUAAGACCCGUCAUCUACUUAGCCUGGACGUGAAAGGAUAUGAAAUAUUGACGGCGUAUCCGCUGCAGACGAUACUGCACCCGAUCAAAAAGGUAGCAGUAGAUAUAUCUGUUCUUGGUCUGCUAGACAAAAUGACAGGGGCGGCUGCGGUAAGGCAUUCAUCGAUAGGUGCCAAUGAAAACGGAAUAGUUUUGCGGGUGGUGCUCAAAGCAAUGGGCCAGCUUGGUUUGUGGCCAGAUAAUGCAACGGCCAGUAUUACGCUAACAUAA